AUGCACCAAAGCAAAUAUGCACAGGAAAUUCUCAAGAGAUUUGGUAUGAUGAAUUGCAAUUAUGCUUCUACACCAGUUGAACCUAGGCUUAAGCUGGAAAAGGAUCCUGAAGAGGAACUGUAUGAUGCAACUGAGUUCAGGAAAUUGAUUGGAUCCCUGAGAUACUUAUGCAAUAGCAGACCUGAUAUCUGCUUUGCAGUAAGCUUGAUCAGCAGAUUCAUGAAAAAGCCUAGAGUGUCACACAUGCAAGCAGCCAAAAGAGUGUUGAGGUUUGUUAAGGGGACAAUUGACAGUGGUGUGUUGUUCCCUUUUGAAGUUGAAUCAGGAAAAUUAGAUAUGUUUGGUUACACAGAUUCUAAUUGGAAAAGAGAUCCAAAAUAG